GAGGACCCCGGGAGCGCCGCGUCCCCUGCCCCGCGCCGGCCCCGCGCCUCCUCCCCGGCCGGCGGCGGUGGGUGCGCGGCGGGCUGACCUCUGCAGAGGCGGCGGGGGCUCAGCAUCGGGCCGGGGCCGGGGGGGCGCCGGGGCCGGGGGGCGGCGCUCCGGCCCGGCCCGGCCCCGCCCGAUGUCCAUGAGCGCCAACACCAUGAUCUUCAUGAUUCUGGGGGCGUCGAUCGUGAUGGCCAUCGCGUGCUUGAUGGACAUGAACGCGCUGCUGGACCGAUUCCACAACUACAUCCUCCCGCACCUGCGGGGCGAGGACCGCGUCUGCCACUGCAACUGUGGCCGGCACCACGUCCACUACGUGAUCCCGUACGACGGGGACCAGUCUGUGGUGGACGCCUCCGAGAACUACUUCGUGACAGACAACGUCACCAAGCAGGAGAUCGACCUCAUGCUGGGGCUGCUGCUCGGCUUCUGCAUCAGCUGGUUCCUGGUGUGGAUGGACGGCGUCCUGCACUGCGCCGUGCGCGCCUGGAGGGCCGGCCGGCGCUACGACGGCUCGUGGACCUGGCUGCCCAAGCUGUGCAGCCUGCGGGAGCUGGGCCGGCGGCCGCACAGGCCGUUCGAGGAGGCGGCCGGGAACAUGGUGCACGUGAAGCAGAAACUCUACCACAACGGUCACCCGAGCCCGCGGCACCUCUGAGCCGCGCGCAGGACUCGCGGGGCCGCCGGCCACCGCGCCCACGCUCACGGGACUGGACGGCCGGCCCGGGCCAGGGCGCCCGCGGCCGUCGGGCGCGUCCGGCGGAAGGUGCUGUCUCCUCUUCU